GCAUCAAGAUAAUCGAUUAUAUUAUAUUAUAGUAUAUUUUUUAAAAAGUGGUGACAGAUGUUCGCUCAUUUGGAGUUUUAUUUUGAAAGCAUCUACAGGAGGUUGUUGUAUGUUGUGGUACCUUUAUGUUUUUCUCUUCCGUCCAAUACACAGACCGAGGAGGAGUCUAAGCUGUUUUUCAAAGUUGACUCGCUGGAAUUUAAAUCGAAACAGUAAACUUUGACAUGUUGCUGGUUUACGACAGUAGAAGUCGUAUCUACUGACCGUUUCCCUCCUUGACGACUGUUGCCCUCAGUUUAAAGAUGAUCAUGAAGGGGCAGAAGCGUAAACUCCCACCAGAGGACGUGGAGGUUUCAGACAGGAGCAGCCCCUUCUGGGAGAGCCAGCGCCAGUUUGUGUUCUCAAUUUCCUUGAACAAGUAUCAGCGUGGCCAGGAGUUACCUGAACCCAGCCUGCGGCGGUCCGUUCUGAUAGCCAACACACUGCGGCAGGUCAGCCUGGAGGCGUGUAGGGAGCCCUCUGUAGACAUGGAGGUGUCACAACCAACCAUGUUUGCUAACAACCACUCAGCUCUUGCCAGCUGCCCUUUGGUUUCUUUAAAUUAUUUGUCAAAUUGUGCUGCAAGUAGGUCUCCAGCAGGCUGCCACUCGAGUGUAUCAAAUGUCCCUCUGUCUGUAAAAGACGAAGAUGAGGACUGGGGAUCGAUGAUCACGGAUCCUGAUUUCUCCCUCUCAGCUGCCAUCUCCUCCAUUCUCACAGCACUGGACUCUACCAUUGACGGGAGCUCACAGGCAGCUCCACGGACACCUCUCAGGUCCUUGGAGAACCUGUCUGGGCCCUCUGAGGGUGGUGGUGUAGCAUGGGUGAAACAGGGAGUCAGAGGUUAUGGGGGAAGCUGGGAACAGCAGGAAGAGUGCAGGGCACGGGAGAGCAACAUGGAAGUGAUGAGGUCCAGCUACCUCAGUGAGCUCACUGUGGAGGAUCUGUUCCAGGAUAUAGACACGUCCCUGCUGGAGAGGGACAUGGGAGUGCUUGGGCUCAGAGGCAGUGGCAGUGGAUACCCGACUGGAGAUGACCUUUUACGGUACCUGCCGUCUUUCUCCUCAUCCUCCUCGCACCCCUUCUCCCUCUCACUCAACCAGAAUCUGAAGUGCCUGCCUUCGUUCUCCUCAUUCAGCCCGUUGUCUUCCUCAUCCUCUUCACCUUCUCUUUCUUCGCCACCCUUCUCUAGUCAGAAUCAUGUGAGAGAAGGACUUGAGCUGGAGCAUCUGAUGGAGAUCCUGGUGGAGUCCUGAUAGCCUCAUUGUCAUCAUACUGUAAGAAAUCCAUUUCAACAAGAAGGAACCUGAACACCAUUAGGUAGUGGACAAAAACUGAAUUCUCAUGGCAAAGGACUGGAUUAUCAGACACAUCAAAUAUUCACAUUAUUGUUUUUAUAUAUUGCUCAAGAAAUAGUGUAUUAUGGGAUUUAGAAAGUAGUAAGAAUGCUCUAGAAAUGUAGAAAUGGUUGAUGCCUAAGACAGAAAAUGCUACAUAGGUGGGCUAACAUGGGGAGUAGCUGUGAUGCAUCUGGCAGCUUUUUGUGUAAUAUGAAGGCUUUGUGUUUUCUGGCAAAAAUGGUGGUCAAGUCACAGUGAAAACUACGUGGGUAGUAAGCCACAUUAGGCUGUUUUUUUUCUGACUGGCUAAGCAGUGAGUCAGUGCAUAAUGAACUGCUGAAAAGCAUUUUACUACAUUUUCCAGCAUGACAAUUUGGAACUGGAAGGGGAGGUGUUGAUUAGAGAACAGGAUUUAUUAAGUUGUCAGGUAAUCACUGCUGGUGGAGAGAGAAUUUCUUCAGCAUUGUUGCCCUGAAAUUAGUGCAAUUCAUCAAAGCUUCAAAUAAUCCUGUGUUCACAUUGAACAUCCCAGUUUAUCUGGAGUAAGAAAAAAGCUGCAGCCAGUCAUGUACUGGUGUUUAUUCAUGCAGUCAACUAAACGUUGGGCUGCAAGGGAUAAAUCCCUUUAAAAACAAGUGUAAAAUGUUAAUGUGAGUUCUUAGAGAAUGUGAUUUGGCUGGUGUUGGAAGGAGAAUAGUUGAAACACUAACUUAUAGGUCAAAUCUUCUGUGAAGAAAUCCUUUAACCUCAUAUUUAUCAAUGAGUUAUAACAGGGGCAAGAAAUCAGGGGCUAAGAGAUCUGGUCAGGAUUUCAAACAGUAGGAGCACGCAGGAAAAUGUGCCUUCUAGUCAUCAAAAAUCUUUCAAAAAUCUGCAUAUUUAUGAUAUCAGGUAGUUUGGCCAGAAGAAAUCCAUAAGAACCAGUAUUUUGUUCAGUUAUGGUAAAAAAAGAAAUUUCAAGUGUGUAUAAUUAUUGAAGGUUAUCUUUAACUGGGUGAUUAUUUGCCUUGUAUCCCUGUUAUAUUUCAGUAGUCAGUAGUUGGAGGUGCAGUACAAUUACUGCUAAUACAGGAUACAUUGAUGAAAUGUAAAGAUGGUUACUGAAUAUUACUCAGUGGGAAAAAGCACAACGCUUAAUGCCUCAGCCAGCUGUUAAACCAUGUCCCAUCUGAAGGCUGAAAAGAGUGAAACUAAAAUUAGUUUUCUCUGAAAUGUUUCCUCUCAGAGUGCAGCUGUAGCUCAGGAAUGCUUUUAUUCAAAGAGCCUUUAUAGUAUUGUGAUUGUAUACAACACACCCUCAUGGGUUUUAAUGUGACAGUACAGAGCCACUUUAGGUGUCACAUUAACUAAAGUCACAACCACUUCGCAGCUUCUGUUGUACAGAUGUGAUAUUGAUCCGUCGUGGUGGGUGUUCAGCAUCGUGCUUUGAGUCACAUUGGCUGAUGGAGUCCGGAUGUUACUGACUUCCACCCUGUGAGCAGUUGAACAGUUGUUCGCUCAACAGUAGGUCAGUUUCUGCUUGUUUUAGUGGGGUUCACAUGUUUCGUCUGGUUUACAUCUGAGUUAUUGCACUUUUGUUAAUAAUAUGCAUUUCUAAGUGUUUUACUCUGUAUUUAGUAAGCAGUGGUAACAUUGCAGGUGAGAUUUGGCCAAAUUAUUCCUUUCCAACCCAUAAAGUUGAGUCCUAUUAAAUGUUCUGUUAAUGCAUAUUGUUUAAAAGAAAAACAUUAGGAAAUGUGUUUUAACUGUAACUUAACCAGCUAUAGAUGUUGAUCCAGUGUUUAAACCAACACUGCGAUAAAUUGUUUGAGGAAGCACAUGAUACUUGUUUGUCAGGUUUUUGUACAUUCAUCCUGUCUAUGGAUCAAAGUUGCUCUCUAUGCAAUGGUCCUUUCUGAAUAGCUGGGCUGCAGUCUCAAACUAUUUAUAAAUGGCAUAUUUUGUUAACAAGAUGAGUAAUUUAAUGUCAUACAAUAUUUCACAAUUCACUAAUGGUAUGUUAAUAUACCGUCAUUGCAGUUAUAUUAUUUACUUUUUAUUUUCCCUACAAAUAUUUUAAUGGUUGUUUUGAAAUUGAGGCAGAAUGCCUAUAAACUAUGAAUUUAGACUUCUUUUAAAAGAAGGCAAAUGUCUGUUUACUUAUACUGAUGUUUUUAAUAAAAUGUUAAAAUGAAA